AUGAUAACAGCAGCCUGCUCCAUCUGCGCAAGUCUACAAGGGCUGUUUCCUUGUGUGGUGAGGUGGUGCUGUUCAGGUACAGAGUCUGAGACGCUAGUCAGCUGGUCCUGUCCAAUGGGAAUUUCUGCCUCACCGAGGUAUCAAGCCCCAGCCAUCGACGCCCGAUCCAGGAGUCCAGGUCGCCAUGCCCAAGUUGUGAAGAUCACUCCUUUUUGGAUGCAUCCCUGUACAAAUCCGUAG